AUGAUGAGCUGGUGGUCGUCCUCGGCCAACACGGCCCUGGACGAGCAGAUUGAAAAGGCCACCAGCAGCAGCUUGGAGGACAUUGCCUUGAACCUCGAAAUCUCCGACGUCAUCCGCUCCAAGACUGUUGCUCCGAAGGAGGCCAUGCGCUCGCUGAAGCGGCGCAUCGGCAACAAGAACCCCAACACGCAGCUGAGCGCCCUCAACCUCACCGACACGUGCGUCAAGAAUGGCGGCUCGCACUUCCUCGCCGAGAUCGCCUCGCGCGAGUUCAUGGACAACCUCGUCUCCCUGCUCCAGGCCGUCGGGCCCGUCGCCGUCAACGCCGAUGUCAAGGGCAAGAUCCUCGAGCUGAUACAGUCGUGGGCCGCCGCCACCGAGAACCGCCAUGACCUUGGCUAUAUUGGCGAGGUGUACAGGACGCUGCAGCGCGAGGGCUACCAGUUCCCCCCACGAGUCACCGUCGCGAGCAGCAUGCUGGACAGCAGCGCGCCGCCCGAAUGGGCAGACUCGGACGUCUGCAUGCGCUGCCGCACGCCCUUUACCUUUACCAACCGCAAGCAUCACUGCCGCAACUGUGGCAACUGCUUCGACCAGCAGUGCUCGAGCAAGUCGGUCCCGCUGCCGCACCUCGGCAUCCACACCCCCGUCCGCGUCGACGAUGGCUGCUACGCCAAGCUCACCGGCAAGGGCUACAAGGAGCUCGACCGCACGCCCACAUACCCGCACAAGACGCGCAGCACCUCGAUGCAGCCCCGCAGCGCCCGCGUCGACGACGGCUUCGACGAGGACCUCAAGAAGGCGCUGGCCAUGAGCCUCGAGGAGGUCAAGUCGGCGCGCGGGCACGAGCCGGCCACCAACGGCGGCGAGUCGGCCUCCAAGCGCGCCGAGGACGAGGAUGCCGACCUUCGCGCCGCCAUCGAGGCCUCGCUCGCCGACAUGGAGGAGCAGAAGAAGAAGCACGCCGCCGCGCUGAAGCAGCAGACGUCGACCGACGCCCCGCCCACGACUUAUCUGCCCAAGAACGACUACGAGCUGACUGCCGUCGAGGCCGAGAACAUUAACCUCUUCUCCACGCUGGUCGAUCGCCUGCAGACGCAGCCGCCCGGCACCAUCCUGCGUGAGCCCCAGAUCCAGGAGCUCUACGACAGCAUCGGCACGCUGCGGCCCAAGCUGGCCCGCACGUACGGCGAGACGAUGAGCAAGCACGACACCCUCCUGGACCUGCACGCCAAGCUGUCGACGGUCGUGCGCUACUACGACCGGAUGCUGGAGGAGCGCCUGUCCAAGGCCUACAGCCAGCAGAACCUCUACCACCGCCAGUACGCGCCGCCGCAGCCGUCUCAGCCGCCGCAGUCGUCGAGCGAAACCUACUACACGGGCCAGUACCAGCGCCCGUACCAAGGCGACUGGAGGGAGCCCGAGCCCGAGUCACCUUCGGUGGCCCGCCGGGCGUCGUACGCCAAGUCGCCGUACCCGAGUCUGGGGCAGUACCAGCAGUCGAUGCCGCAGACGGCGCCCCAGCCGACGCAACCGAUGCAGCCAUCGCAGCCGCAACCUCCUCCGCCGUCCCACGCGCCGUCGCAGCCGUCGUAUCCCCAGCCGUCACAGCCGCCGUAUCCUCACCCGUCACAGGCCCCGCCACAGCCCUCUCACGCGCCGCACGCGCCGACGCCGGCCCCGCAGCCGGCCCAGAUGCAGAGUCCCCAGGCUCAACCCCCACAACCCAUGCUCUCGCGGGUGCCAUCGCAACCCGGACCGCCGCCGAUGCAGACCCAAGGACAGCCGCAGCCACAGCAGCAGCAGCAGCAGCAGCAACCGCAGUACCAGUACUGGGCCCAGCCGGCUCCGUCCCCCGGCGGCCCCAGGCAACGGGCCUACCCGGACCCGCUGCCCUCGGUGCCGCAGCACGAGCCCAAGAAGCCCGCGGCGGAGGAGGCGCUCAUCGAGCUGUAG